AUGUUACAAUAAAAAAAAUAAUAAACAGCUCAUCUCAAUCCAAUUCUAUGGUAACCUUUGGAAAAAUUACAGUUGACGCAUUUGAGUCAACAUCUCAUUUAUUCUGGAAUUAUUUGGAUUAGAAGUGAAGAUCAACAAUUACACGAGGAAUAGGUUUCAUUAUAUGCUGAUAGAUUGCAAAUUUACUAAUUGUUUUGUAAUUUGAGUUAAACAAUAAUAAGAAGAAAUGUUCAAACAAUAAAGUUAAUACAAGGAAAAAAUAAUACAGAGAUCUUUUUUAACAGGAGUGCUGAUUUGGAUAAUUGGUUCAAUAUGUUGAGAAGAUACACAAUUCAGUUAAACUUCAGUAAAGACUAUAAAUUGAGUAAGAGAUUGGGGUAUCAAGAUCCGCAGACUCAAAUAUAUUAGGCAAAGUGCUUUGCAAAUAAUACUAAUUACACAGUGAAGGUAAUACAAAAAAAUAAUAAAUUUGAUCCGAAAUUGAUACAGAAGGAAAUAAACAUCUUGAGAAGAAUCAAACAUAAAAACAUCAUCAAUUUGGUGGAGGUUUAUGAAGAUCAGUAUACAAUAUUUUUGGUUUUCGAGAACUAUUUCGGAACUGAGAUGAUUUAUAGGUUUGAAGACUUAUUAAAUAGUUAAGAACCAUAAUAUGCCAGGAUUAUAUAUAAAUUAUUAGAAAUUAUAUCGUGUAUUCACUCUUUGGGCAUUAUUCAUGGAGACAUAAGAUUGGAGAAUAUCUACGUGAAAUCUGAUAAUUUAAUGGACAUUUGUUUGGCCAAUUUUAAUUAAGCUGAAUUCAUUGAUAGUUAAGAAAAGUAAAUCAAGGGAAGCGAGGGUUACUAAUCGCCUGAGUUAUUGAAUGGGAAGCCUUACGAUCAGAGUAUUGAUAUAUAUGCAGUUGGGAUUAUUUUUUAUUACUUCAUAUAUCAAGUGAUGCCGUUUAGUGAAUCGUAAGAACAUGCUUAGAACGACAAUAAAUCAGGCUAAAUUGAAUUUCCCCAAGUCAGAAACACUUCCUAUGCUAUUGAUUUAUUGAAAUAAAUGCUUUAAGUUGAACCUAAGUAGAGAAUCAAACCCAAUUUGGCUAUGAAUCACGAAUGGUUCAUAAAGAUGAAAGUGCAGGAGAAACUAUUCAAACAGAAAAGUUUCAAGGACUUCACUCUUCCAACUAUUUUGGAGAAAUCAGAUAUUUUUACUUAGUCUCCUGGUCAACAACCAAAAAGAGAAAGCAUCGGGGUUUUUGAGGAUGAGUUCUUAUUGGAAAGUCUCUCAGACAGAAUGGGUUUAUUAAAAAAUGCCUUUAAUCCAUCGAAAUUAAAUCACGACAUUUUUUAGAAGAAAUAGAAAUGA